ACGAACCCAGAGACUCUGGUGGCGCAGCUAGCGCUGCGAUGCAGUUCCCUAGACCACUGCGCCACCCGGGAGGCCUACCAAGAUAUAUUUUGAACACAGCAAUCAUUAGUCAUUGCAGGAACACACAUGGUGGACUUCUAUGUGUUUAACAUUUGACCUAGUGUGGGUGUUUUUGGUGUGUUUUGGGGUUGCUGUAAUUCUUACAAUCUGUGACGGACUUGGACAUAGUGUGAGUUAUAGAAAACCUUUUGCCACAGAGUAACAGUCAUUUAUUGAUUAGAAUUGAUAUUCUUAACCAUCAGCUCUUACAUUUUUGAUAGAAUCCUAUUAUGAGUUCAACCAUGUCUUCCCUAGGACCAUGAAUUGAGCAUUGGGGUUGGUUGUUAUGCAUGUGGCUGCCAAGUGUGCGUGUGUGCACGCCUGUCUCUGUGUGUGUGUGUGUGUUCACUGGGACACCAGCCCCUGUAAGUUAGUUGCUGCACUUACAGAGGAAAUGUGUGUUUCCUUGGGGGUAAAUGGGAGAUGGUGUGUGUGUGCCGUCACUAUCCUUCCAUCUGACCAUAUCGUUAAACAAACACACACAGAAACACACACCUACAACAAUGGCUGCCCCCUCCCAUAACUUAUCGGUACUCAGACAUCUGACUCUGACGUAGUUUUCUGACAUUCUAAAUGAAUGCUGCUGGUGAUAGUGUUGAAUGACGUAUUUUCCUACAAACUGUAUGUACAUGUUCUUUUUGUAAGCAUGACUAUUUUUAAACGGAGAAGCCUUUGAGCUAUAAAAACCAAAUAAAUAUCUGAAUUGAAAUCAGAAGUGUGUAUUGUGGGAGAAUGUGAGUUGGGCUGUCAACAUACAUCCAUUUACCAAGAGAACAUCCCACUUCUGAUCUAGGAUGGACAGUUAGGCUUUUCUUUGCAACAAGGUGAGUGUGUGUGUGUUCUUGUGUGGAAGACAGAUGUACAGUACACAAACACACAUACAAACACAUCUAAAUAUGCUGCUCACCUCUUUCCAUAAUUUCUCAGUAUGUGGUGAUGUCUUAAAAAAGCCUUACUGAGGCAGAUUGAAUGGGAGGAAGUGGCUCUAACUUCCCCAGGAAAGAGGGAGAGGAAACGGACGGGUUUGGACCGCUCAGUCAGGCUGGGCAUACAACUACAAGACUAAUGACUGAAGAGAGCUGGCUGGGGAGAAAGACAGAUAGAGGCAGGGAGAGAGAAACAUAAAGAGAAAGACUGCCUUCCAUUGGCCUACAAGACCACAGAGCUGGACUAGGGAAAAUAAAGGUAGAAGGAGAGAGUGACGGGAGAAAGACAGAUAGAGGGAGCGAGAGAGAAAAAUAAUUGAGAAAGAGAGAGAAGACUGCCUUCAAUUUCCAUUGUCCUCUUCUGGACUUUGGAAGAGAAGAGUGAGCGAAAGAGAAGAAAAGGAGAAAGGGAUUUUCCUGUGAGUUGGACACGUUCUGAGACCUAUUGUGGGCUGGUACCUGGUUGUGGGGUGGACAUGGGCCAGUUUCUGACGGGUCUAGGACUACUGCUCUGCUGUUCCCUCUCCUCCCCUCAGAGACUGGCUCCCUCAGGGAGAAACGUCUGCCAGGACCCCAGGGAUACUUCCACUCUUGUCUGUUGCACUGGAUGGAGACAACAGAGAGAGGAGUGUAUUUUACCUGUGUGUGAUGGCGAGCAGGCCUGCCAGCAGGAUGAGGUGUGUGUAUACCCGGGCGUCUGUCGCUGUCGACCUGGCUACUAUGGAGCCCACUGCAAGACACGCUGCCCUCCAGAGUUCUGGGCACCGGACUGCCGUGAGCUGUGCAAGUGCCACCCUCAUGGGCGCUGUGACCCGAUCACGGGCGAGUGUACAUGCCUCUCCAACCGCUGGGGGCCACUCUGCCAGAACGCCUGCAAAUGUGGCCGUCAUGGACACUGCCACCCCGUACACGGCAACUGCACCUGCGACGAGGGCUGGUGGACACCCACCUGUACCAAACAGUGCCAGUGCUACCCAGGCACCUCCACCUGCAACCCACUGACCGGCAGGUGUCAGUGUGCCCCGGGUUACUGGGGUCAGAAGUGCAGCCUUCGCUGUAGCUGCUACAUAUCAUCCUGCCAACAGAAGACGGGGGCGUGUGAAUGCCAGAACGGGUGGUGGGGUCCGACGUGUGACCGCCGCUGUAACUGUGACCUGGAGCACAGCGAGUGUAAUGCGGUCAGCGGGGAGUGUGUAUGUCAGCCUGGGUACAAGGGAGCCUUCUGUAACGAACCGUGUGGACCUGGGGAGUAUGGCAGUGGCUGUAAACUGAGCUGUGGCCACUGUGAAGGAGGCCAGUCAUGCUCUGUGGUUGAUGGUGUCUGUACCGCCUGUGAGCCUGGGUGGAACGGCACACACUGUGACCGGCUGUGCCCGCACGGUUACCAUGGAAACCACUGCCAGGAGGCAUGCCCACGCUGCAGGAACGGUGAACCAUGUGACCCCAGGACGGGGGCGUGUUCACGAUGUGAUCCAGGAUGGACCGAACCCAGGUGUGACGAGCCGUGCUCUAACAGGACAUUCGGGGACGCCUGCCGCUCCCUGUGCAGCUCCUGUUUCCAUGGCCACUGUGAUCGCGUGACAGGAAGUUGUGUCUGUGGGCCUGGGUUCCAGGGACGGAGUUGUAACAUCACCUGUCCAGACCAGCUGUAUGGCUUUAACUGUUCCUCUGUCUGUGACUGUGGAGAGGGCACCGCCUGUCACCCAGCAACGGGGGCGUGUCCAUACAGUGGUCACAGGGCUCUGAUCACUGGUCUCCUGGUCCCUCUGCUCUUGGUGCUGCUGGGGCUGGUCUGCUGCUGCUGCUGCUGUGGAGGACCUACUGACGGCAAAGACAGGGUAGCAGUGGGUGACGGUGGUACCUCUGUCCGUAUGAAGCAUCAUGUGUAUAACGUCCUGGCCAACGUGAGCUCUGCUGUACCCUGUAUCUCUGUCUGGUCCUCUGGGCUACCCAGAGUCACAGUGUCCCACCACGACCCUGAGCUGACGUUCAACCACAGCUUCAUAGAGCCUCCCUCCUCAGGCUGGGUGACGGAGGGAUCCUUCUUCGACAGUGAUGAGGAGACCAGAGAGGUGCUCUACUGUGUCCCCCCCAGAGAAGACAUCCCAGCAGUGGCGGGCGGUGAGUUCCAGGAGUUCCAACAUGAGAUGAGUUCUAAGUGUAACAUCUUCCCUGACCCCUCUGCCUUCAGUAUUAGUGCAGAAGACAUGUCCCUCCCCUUUGGCAUCCCACGCACCUCCAGCAACGCCAAGUCCAAAUGCCCCUCCGUCUCCUUCGCCGAAGGCACCAGGUUCAGCCCCAAGGAGCGCCGAGGCUCUGCCCAGGACCUGACUCCCGGGGCCCCCCGCACCAAACCCAAGUCCCCCUGGGGGAUCCUGAUGCUGUCAGCCCUCCAGGCCCAGGGAGGGAAGGCCUCAGAGGGGGAAGAGACGGAGACAGGUGAGGGGGGGGUGGAUGGAUGUGGAGGUGGGACUGGACCAUUGGAAGACCCAGAAUCCAGUGGUGAAGCAGGGGACCCCGAUGUGGACAGGUACACAGCUACCCCAUCCCGAGCCAUGUCUACCCUGCAGGUGCCUGGAGCAGUGGUAGGGCAAAGACGCACCAUAUCCAACGCUGCUUUUCCCAGAAAGGGUGGGCAAACACCAGGGUCCACAUCCGAUGGCCAGCAGGCAGAGAUGGAUAAAGGGAUGGACAAAGUGACCACAGUGUAUGUGACAGUGGGGAAGGCGGGGGUGGGGAGGCCCCUGUCUAAACUAGAGCUCCCCAGCUCGGAGGGCCCGGUACAGGCCAUGCUACGCAGGCUAGGCAGCCUCCAGAGACACAAAGACCAGGAGGUGGGAACUAAGCCCAAGGGGAAGAGCCCGGGGGCGGAGGGGAUCACCAAGCCCCCCAGGAGGAAGCUGGGGACUAGGGCCAGUGUGUGGGAGCAGGGGGGUCCCCCACCCUCGGGGGUGGAGGGUGCUGUAGGGGAAGGCGUAUCUAUGAGGAAACCCAGUAGGAGGAAACAGCACGCCCACCACAGCUCCCCUGCUGUCAUGGGAAACACUGACGCURGCACUAACACUCAACCCCCACCAGAGGACGCCCCUGCCACUGUUACGCCCACGAGGCCCCUGUCCUCCAUUUUGAAAAGCGUGCCAGAGGUCGCUGGGUCAGAGGUCAGGGGUGAAAGGUCCGGGGUGAGGGAAGAGAACGGCGACCCUGGGAUGCAGACUGAGAGUGGAUAUCGAACAAUCGGGCCAGCUGGAUUUGUAACAGACGCUGUUAGUCUGAGUGAAGUCAUCGCCAAUGAAGGAGUGGUGGCCGGUGUGGACGAUGGACCUAACCUUUAUGAGAAUGUGAUGAUUAUGCAUUCCUAAUUUCAGAUGCAAUGACUGUGGUGCUCUAUCUCUUCUCACAAUUGAGUAUGUAGUUCAACUACUAAUGAAUGAGGCAUUUGGAAACUAGCCUACUGUACUGAGUUAACAGUCGAGUCUGACAUAAACUAGCAAUCUUUACAAUAUUGAGUAUAGAAUUUUAUGAAUUACACUAUGUAUAUGAUGGUUCUGUACAAUAUGUACUGUAUGUAUGUAUAUUAUACAACAAUAGGAUAAUGUUGAAAUCACCUUACCAAAUAGUUAUUGACACUGUAACUGCCAUGUGUGAAACAACUAUGCAAAUSAAAACUAAAAAAUGCUCCUGUGCACUUUG